CACCCUGGACGGUGGAUGGCCGGACGAGAGCAUCUGCCGAGAGGACUCUCAGAAACCUCCCCCUUCCCUGGGACAAAGUCCCCCGUGCACACAGCAAUCGGUGGUAGGAGGGCCCCUGGGGAGACUAGGCCCGAGGGGGAGCAAAGGGGCUGGCACUGGCAGGCCCAGCUCUUCCUCCUGGCAUCCCAGGGGCAGGAAGGAAACUGACCCCAAAAAGGGGCAUCCCACAAAUGGUGGGAUAGUUAGGACCCAGCUGGGGAGAAAAGUGGGCAGGUAAAGUCUCCUGGCCCCAGUGGGGUUGGGCAGUGGGCUGUGCAGCAGACGGGCCCCACCUUGCUCCCCUGGCAGUGGAGGCCUGGUGCCCUCCACGCUUCUGGGAGCUCUACCCAGGCCACCCCAGCCUGAACCGGGAUCUGAACUGGAUGACCUCGGGAUUGGUGCCCCACCCGCCCACCUGGUGCAAAGGGCUUCCCUCCCACCGUCUGACCAGGGUAGGGAGGACCUUGAUGCAGUCUGCGGAGCUCAGGGCAGACCUCCCUAGGGGCCCACCUGCCAAGCAGACCUCCCACCCUGCCUUAGGCAGGUGUCCGGGAACGUCACUGCCCCGGCAUGUGCUGGUGGAAGUCGAGCCCCGAGGGCCUGGGCACUGGCCUGCAACACCCCUGGCCUAGCUCCAGGCCGGUCCGGCGAGAACUGCAUGCCAAGAGGACUGGGUUGGGGGCCGGAGCACCUGCGCGAGGGUGAAGGGGGACCUGGACAAGGCAGGUGCCAUGGCUACAACCAGUACCCCUUGGGGGCCUUGACUCCUGGGUAAACAUUAAUGGGGCUCAUACACAGCAGGUCAUGUGCGCCCAGUGGAUCUUUGACCUGCAGCUGCUUCUGUCCUGUGUCUCCUCCCUGCAGGUGCCCCCUCACUACACAGGUAGGAGCUCCUAGGACCAGGCGGGGGCCCAGGGACACUGGGCCCAGGGCAUAAGCCCCCAACCCAGAGCCUCCAGGGCUGAGGGAAAGAGAGCAGCUUGGGAACAAGCAGGAGAGAGAGGUGACAGGAAGCCCCCAGAACCCAGUCCCCGGGAACUAGGAGGGAGUCAGGAUGGAGGAUGAGGUGGGGGCUCCAGACUAGGUGGGCUGAGGAGGAGCCUUGAGGUGGGGUGGGGGCACCUGAGCCCCUUGCCCUGCCCCCAUCACCGGGGUGGGGUCUUUAGCCAGCAGAGACGUCACUGUUUGGUAUCAAAUGCCAAAGUCUAAGCUGGGACCAUCUGCAGUGUCCCUGAUGACAAAAUAGGAGAGGUCCUUGGGUUCCUGCUCCAGCCCCUACUGGCUCACUCCCCAGCACCCUGUGCCCUCAGCCACCCACACAGCCUUCUUCCAGCUGACCAGCGCGGGAACCAGCGAGCCAGGGCCUCCUCAACGCUGCCCCCAAAACUGGACGGGGCUCACCUGACAGCUGCCUGAGGUCACUAUAGCCAGCCCCCUGCAGAUGGAGGAAGGGGGAGAUCACCAAGGCUAGCAGGGGGUGGGAAGGCUGGGCAGCAGCCAAGGACUCAGGUCAGAGGACCCCAGGGCCUGGUGGGGCAGGGGGAGAUGAGUCUGACCUGCCCUUCCACCAGCAGAUCCGGGCUUGGCUUGGGUCUUUCCCUGCCCAAAGUCCAUGCCGAAUUCCCUCGCAAGUGGCCAGGCCCUCCCCACUCUUGGCCUGGUGGACCGGAGUCUGGGCAAUGCAGGUACCAGGAAACCCCCAGCCCAGGCCUCAGCCCGCCACCCAGCCCUGAUCCACUGCUCUGGAUAAGUGGGCAGAGGUGCUCCAGCCGCCCCCUGGAGGGCCCGUGGGGCUCCUGACAACUCUGGCCCAAUAACUGGAGGCUCCUUUCCUCCUGUUUCCCGCUUCCGUCUCUCGCCUGAGCGAGUGCCAGGGUUCCCCCCACCCACUUUUGCCCCUACCUGGAGCUAUCCAGGAAACAUCUGGGUCCCUGGCUCUAGUGACCCCAAGCCCUGCAGGGCCCUGCAGUCCUGCCCCUGCCUUGGGAGAGGGAGACACAGACCCCUGGGCCCUCCCCCAGCUAAAGGACACUGACCAGUCCUGGAAAGGUAGGUGUGGAAGGUAACUGUCCAGAUGGGGCCCUGGCUCCCCAGGGUCUGAGUGUGGAGCACAUCCUUGGGGAGAGAGAGCAGGGAGGUGGUUUGCCCCAAAAGGCCACAUGGAGACCCACCGCCAUGCGCACGACCGCCGUGGGGACCCAGCUUGGCUGCCUACAGCACGCCUGCUCAGCCGCCCACCUCCCCUGCCGCCCCUGCUGGCUGGGGCGCUUCUGGGAGGUCACUGGGGCCGUCUGCCGGGUGCUCCGCAAAGAAACAGAGGAGGGGCCCCCAGACCCUGCCCUGCGGGAAGAGGAGAAAGGGGCCCAGCAGCGGCAGGGCUGGCUGAGCACAGCUGCCCGGUGCCCUCAGAGCUCAGCUCGGCCAGCAGGGUGCUCCGGGCGGCAGUGGGCUUCCUCAAGGCCUGUGGGCUUCUGGGCAACCUGUACCUCUUCGUCUGCUCCCUGGACAUCCUCAGCUCGGCCUUCCAGCUGCUGAGCGGCCAAGUGGCUGGAGACAUCUUCAAGGACAACGUGGUGCUGUCCAACCCCGUGGCUGGACUGGUCAUCGGUGUGCUGGUCACUGUUCUGGUGCAGAGCUCCAGCACGUCCUCCUCCAUUGUUGUCAGCAUGGUGGCUGCCAAGCUGCUGACCGUCCAGGCUUCUGUGCCCAUCAUCAUGGGCGUCAACGUGGGAACGUCCAUCACCAGCACCCUGGUCUCGAUGGCACAGUCGGGGGACCGCGACGCGUUCCGGAGGGCCUUUGGUGGCUCCGCGGUGCACGGGCUCUUCAACUGGCUCACCGUGCUGAUCCUGUUACCUCUGGAGAGUGCCACGGCCCUACUGCAGGAGCUCAGUGCGCUGGCCCUGGGCACUGCCAGCCUGCCAGCCGGGGUGCACACUCCUGACAUCCUUAAGGUGCUGACCCAGCCGCUUACACACCUCAUUGUGCAGCUGGACACUGACGUGAUCAUGCACAGCGCCACAGGCAAUACCACCAACAGCAGUCUCAUUAAGCAAUGGUGCGGCACCAGGGGGCCGACGACCUCGGGGAGCGGCGACUGCGGAACAGAUGCCCUUGGCCCCUGCCCGGAGCCCAGCAGCUCGGCCACCGUGGAGCAGCUGCCUUGCCGCCACCUGUUUGUGGGCACGACGCUCACAGACCUGGCCGUGGGCCUCGUCCUGCUGGCCGCCUCCCUUCUCGUGCUCUGCACCUGCCUUGUCCUCAUCGUCAAGCUGCUCAACUCUGUGCUGCGUGGCCGCGUCGCCCAGGCCGUGAGGACGGUCAUCAAUGCUGAAUUCCCCUUCCCAUUUGGCUGGCUCAGUGGCUACCUGGCAAUCCUCGUGGGCGCCGGCCUGACCUUCCUCCUCCAGAGCAGCAGCGUCUUCACAGCGGCCAUUGUGCCCCUCAUGGCUUGGAGCGGGCGUAUCCCCUCUUCCUGGGCUCCAACAUUGGCACCACCACCACGGCCCUACUGGCUGCCCUGGCCAGCCCUGCGGACAGGCUGCUCAGCGCCAUCCAGCCACUCAGACUCUCCCAGUGCAGAGCCCUGCUUGCUCCACUCCCUCCGGGAAGCCCUCCAGACUGCACCAGCUGCACCAACACCUCAAGUCCAGCAACCCCUGGAGGGGGGUUGCCCUCAUCCACUUUUUCUUCAACCUGGCUGGCAUCCUGCUGUGGUAUGUGGUGCCCAUCCUGCGGCUGCCCAUCCCGCUGGCCAAGGGCUUCGGAGACCUGACUGCCCGCUACCGCUGGGCGGCCAUCGCCUACCUGCUCCUCAGCUUCCUGCUUCUCCCACUGGCUGCCUUCGGGCUUUCCCUGGCUGGAGGCACGGUGCUGGCUGCCGUCGGGGGUCCCCUGGUAGGGCUGGUGCUCCUCGUCAUCCUGACCAACGUCCUGCAGCGGCACCGGCCGGCCUGGCUGCCCAGCUGUCUGCGGUCCUGGGCCUGGCUCCCACUCUGGCUCCAUUCUCUGGAGCCCUGGGACCGCCUGAAUCACCAAGCAGCAUCUGGUCGGAGCAUAGAGACUUCCUGAAGCAAGCAGCUGGGUCCAGGGAGGCAGUGCCUGCAGGCUCCCACGCACCCUGCCCCCAAGGAUGCAUGCCUGGAGGCCCACGUGGGUGUGGGCAGCCUGCUGUCAGGGCCCUGAGUUCCGCUGGUGUGUGGGGGAGUUAGGAGGGGAUAGAGUGAGGGCCUGGUGGCCUGGAGGUGACACCCCCAACCCAUUCUGCCCACCUUCUCCAGGCUGGGUGAAGUUCCAGGGGAGGAGGGAAUGGGUGUCAAGGGUGGGGGACCCCUCGGUUCCUGGCUGGGCCGGGCCAGGCAGGCACUCAGCGGCCCAAGAUCCACCAGGAAGCAGGUCCUGCCCUUCACCCCUGGCCCCACUUGCACCUGGAGCCCACAUUACAGGCAAAAUCCCUUGGCCACAAGGCAGUGGGCAAAGGCCACUGGUCCAGGUGAGGGCAGUGAGGCCAAGCACUGUGCCCCACCUGGGGGUGCACUCAGGGCUCCAGCCACCCCCACUCUCCCUGCAGCCCUCGGCUGUCCCACACUGUGGGGCUUGACUGCUGGCAGGCCACCAGACAAGGAGGAGGCUGCCGCCCUGCCCCUCCAGCCCAGGGCUGCCCACAGCCCCAGCCCAAUAGCCCCAUGCCACGGGGGAAAGAAAGCUUUGAGUAAAUUCCAUCUGUCACCCAGAUUCACACAGGGCGCGGGACACACAGGCACAGACCAGAGGCCAGACAAGCUGACCCCAGUCACGGGUCUGGUUUGCUCCUUCUUGGUGGGCUGCUGUGGCCGGUCACCUCCUCCCAGUCCAGGGGCACUGGCAUGAUGUGGGGGCACAUUCCCAGUCCCUCGGGUUUGCCUAGCCAGUGUGAAUGGUCAGUAUGAGGCCUGAGAGAGCCCUAGGGCCAGUUCUUGUCCAGGGCCCUCUCCUUUGACCUCCCUGCAGGUUCCCCUGUCCUCCCAGCAACCCACCAGGCCUCUGAGCCUGGGGCUCCCUGCCCCUCCCAGGAAGUAGCCACCUGUUCUCAGAGCCAAGAGCACCUCAGAGGACCGAUUCCCGGGGGCAGUCUCAUGCACUCCAGCUGCCCCCACCCCAACUUCUUUGCCCUCAGAUGCUCCUGGGGCUCUGAUAUUAGCCUCAUGGUCCCUCUGAAGGAAGUCCCCAGAGGAGAGGCUGCUGGGGGUUCCCUGGGGAGAUGGAGAGGGCUUCUCCUCCCCACAGUAGGGAGGGGGUGAGAGGAGAAGGAAGCACUCCAUGCACCUCUCCUUCUGGGGCGGGUGAGGCCACCCACAAAGGCUGACCACUGGGUCCUUUGAGGCCGUGAAGGACUGUCUGCCUGCUGCCCCUGCCUGGCGGUAACACAGCCUCCCGCUGGGACCAUGGACACCGGUAAACAGAGCUGUCGUUGUGGACGCCUCCAACGGCAGCAGGUGUGGUGGGGGGCUGGGUUCCCAUUCCUCCCAUGGCUCCCGCCUGGACGUCCCUGUGUGGCUGCCCGUCCACAAGCCCCCCACUGGGGCCGGGACCCUGGCUGGCCCUCCCGCCCAUUCAGGCCUACACUGCCACUGUGGCAGGAACAUCUAGGCUCAGGGUGGGGACCUGCAGUGCCCCCCAUCCAGCCCUGCGUAGCAGCCUUGUGCCCUCCAGUGUCCACCUCCCAGGAAAGUAGGGGGCUGGCAAGGCAGAACAUCUGGUGCCUCAGAGAGCUCUGGGCUCACACCUAGGAGGGCAGGUCUGUUCUGUUACCUAUAAAAUGGCACCGCGCUGAACUCCCAGCUCUGUGGGCACUGGUCACAGGAAUAAGGGGGCCUUUUCCACGAGGGGGGUCUUAGGCCCCACAGGCUGGGGGUGUGAGGAGGGAAGGCUUUGACGACCUCCUUAAAGAGCAUCUGGGCACCUGCUCACGGGAAAGUCCGAGCCGCUCCUUUUCCCACAGAUGUGACUGCUGCAGAGCUGGGGCCUUACUGACUGCUGCUUGGGCAGCGAGGCUGCUUUGCCGGGCAUGGUGAGGACCCCAGGAUGCCAGACAGCAGCCCUGCACACCCCGAAGCCUGUGGGGGCAGCCUUGCUGGACCAGCCUGCAGGGGAGCGAGCCUGUCCCUGACCUGCACUUCCACCCGCUGACUCACCCUCCGGGUCGGACUGCAGUCUCGAGGACCUAGGCUG